AUGGUUGAGGGGAAGCCUUACCGCUACGGGCUGAUCGUGGUGGGUCUGUGUGUGGCGGCGGUGGGCCUCUUCAUCAUGACUCAGGAGCGCCCGCACGUCUACGCCACGCUGUGCACUCUGGGAGUCGUCAUGGUGACCCUUGGGACGGCCUGGAGCCUCUGCCAGUGCUACCCUAAGAUAAUACUGAUCCAUCAGAGCCAGGAUGAGAAGACGGCACAAGAUUCUAUGAAUGUGGGCAUGGAUGCGAAACACCCCAGUCCUGCUGCAGAGCCAUUGGUUACCAUCCAUGCAGAGAAAACAGGUGACCCCUCCCAAACGAUGCUUCUGGCCAAUCACUGUACAGCAGACACCAGAGUCCUCCUGUCUUCCCACAGCUGUCCCACACUGCAUCUGACCUGA